AUGGAAACCGUUGAAUCAUUUACUACAGCAAAAGAAUACCAGCAAGGAUUAAAAUCGAGGCCAUGGAUGAUGGGCAAAAUACCACCAAUUCAGCCCGAAAAUCACAUCAUCGUCUCGCCAUACACACGACCACACUUCAUAUCGGGCGACCCUGGCCCCUCUUAUGGCGACAGAAUCCAUCGGCGAACGCCAGUUCCCGUCUCCAUUUCCAACGGACAACGGUCCAAGAGCUUUCCCCGGUGUCAGAUUCAUGGACAGCUGUUGCGGCUGGCUGGGAAAAGUGGGACAGACUCAUCCAGCGCAUUGGCUCGUCAAUGUAUUCAGAUUUCAGAACCAAAGAUGAGGAACCAGACCAAGGCCGAGGAGGAGCCUGUCGAUGUGGCGUGCUUUUGCGAUCAGAUCGAAAAUCGGUUGACAAUCUGUCAAACUGAGAACACAUCCUUUAUCGAUGACAUUAAAGGACAGGUGUCGAUCACCGGGAAAUAG